AGUGUCGCCAUCAGAGAGGGGGCAGACCGCUGUGGUUGGUGGGUUGCUCUGGCCCUCAGUUCGAGUCCAAGCGCAAGCAGAACAAGCCCAAGAAAGAAAAAGCGAACAACAGGGACACUAUGGAUCUCUCCAUGAUCCUGAGUCCUGCCCUCGAGGAGGAGCAACAGGCGCCGCGCGCCCCUCCCUUUCGUCAGGAGCGUGAGCCUAGCCGCAAGUGGAGUGCUGACGAGCUCCAGUGUGCCGUGGCGAUCCUCCAGGACUUCCAGCAACCGUCGGCCGAUUCGCCCGUAGCUUCGCAGGUUGACGGCAUGCAUAGCCGAGAUGACGUCAAACCGACGCCGUAUUACAUUCGUCAGGAGCAGGGGUACAAGCAGGAGGAACGAGAGCCUUUUAAGCCGAUUUUCACUCGGUCGGCCGACGAUGCCGUCCAAGCGGCUGCUACUGGUAGCCGCCGGGGCGGAGAGGAAACAAAAAAGAGAAAAACUCAGAAGCAGAAUCCCUCUUCCGCUGCUUGGGAAGAAGACAAAUUGUCCAAACUAGACCUACUAGUCCAGGCAGACGCCGUCAUCAAGCGUCGCCCUACCAAGACACCGUCUUCGCCCUCAUCGAACUAUCUUCGCAGUGGAGUCUGGUCUCUUGCUGAAGAAGAGUACGCCGCUGCGCUCGUGUCCUUCUUCCUUGAAGGACUACUGGACUUACCCGAGGGCGUGACGCUCCGCAAGUUCCUGGCAGAGAAAUUAUGCUGCAACCGCCGCCGCGUCUCGAUGAAACUAGGAACAGAGUCAUUGGCCGGUCGGAAAAUCCCUAGGAAGGUUGGAGCUUCGGUGUUUGUAGCUGCCAAUCCUCCUCCAAGUGAGGAGGUACGACAGGAAGUUGAUCGUGAGUUAGCAGAGCUCCGAGAGGCCAACUUCACCUCUGGACUAUUGAACAGCCGCCGUUACUACGGCGAAGAAGGGGAUGACAUUUAUUCACAACAGCGCAGACUGUAUAAACUGGGUGAGUAUGAGGAGGAGGACGACGACGAUGCAUUCCGUCUCCACCAGAAGACGCCUGGUCAUGGCUACAAGAGGAAGGCAGAUCGAAAUGACUUCAAGCCCAAACGCGGCAAGCCAACAAUCAUUCGCACAGGUUUCGAGUCGCCCGAAGAGGAAGAGUUCGUCACUACGAUGUUCGAGUACUUUACAGCCGGAUCUCUGGAUCUGCCUGAAGGCACGAAGCUAGUUACUUACCUGUGCCAACAGCUAGGCUGCACGCCGAAGCAGUUGUCUAUGAAGCUUGCACCACAGCGCAUGGGCGAACGCAAAUUUCCGGACAACGUCGGCUCCAUUACGUACGUGCGCAAGGUCACAGGUGCAGGCAAUGCCUCGUCGGAUAGCUCGGAUGACGAUGACUUCUCGGAGGAGCUGUUUGAGGUGGAAAGCCGCAUCACGGAGCUGCGUCUUGCUCACGAGGAAGCGCAUAAGAAAGUUCCUCCACCAGUGGCCACACCAGUGAAGCGCGAGCGUAAGCUCAGCACUGCCAGUGUAUCUAGCGCUGGGACAGCGAGUGUGGCCAGUACGCCUAGUGUAAGCCCUGUGCGUGUGUUCCGGCGUAGUGGUCCGUGGUCGCACGAUGAAGAAGUGUAUGCAGCUGCGCUUAUCGACGCGUUCUUUAAGGGUGUGCUGGAUGUUGCCGAGGGAACUACGCUGCGAGCUUUUCUGUCGUCACGGCUGUGCUGCAAUCCCAUGCGCAUCUCGAAGAAGCUCGCGAGCGAGUCCAUCGCUGAGAUCCCGAUCCCGAAAAAAUUGGGGAGCUCAACGUAUGUGCGUAAUGUUGAAGUGACCCCGGAAGAGCAAGCGGAGGCGGAAGACGCCCUCCGCAGCCUUCAGCGUGUUUACAUACACUCGAGUUCGAGCAAGAGGAGAGGCGCCAUUGGCUCCAAGCGCCAACAUCAAUCUCGUGGACGUCGCAACCGUUCCUUGGCGACCGCCCUGAAUACGGACUCGGAUGGCACUGAAUCAGACUCUGAUGCACACAAUCUUGUAUCUCGCGAUAUGAGCCCCGGGAAGCUCCAAAAGACUGCAAAGACCCACUCACCAGCCCAGGAAGCGCGAAGGCAACGCUUCAAUGUGCCCCACGCCGGUCCCGAGCUAGUAGUGCCGGCACCGCUGAAGGAGCAGCUGGCGUAGGCUCUUGAUGUCGUGCUGGGGAGACCAAGUUAUAAAAUUAUGCAUGUAAUUGCCUUUCGAGAUUGCAACCAGGUACCCUUCAUCAAAAUAUUGACGUGUUGAUAUUCUCGUUCCUUACACCACGCACAAUUACAGUGCAAGCACACUGCUUGAACUUCAAAGGUGCGG